AUGGUCAGCGAAGAUAAGGCUGCUGAUAUUAAAAAGGAGCGUAGUGAUUCGAUAACAAAUUCAGAGACAGAUGAUGUGCAUAAUAAACAUGAGGCAGUCGAUACAAAAGAAGAUAUAAUACGACUGGAUAAUAAGAUAGGUGAAGAGAAAGAUAUCAAUUCAAAAGGGAAAGAGGAGGAGAAAACAGAUGUAAGUAAGAAACUGGAUGACAAUGAAGUUGAACCCAGUGAUAAUAAACAGAGUAGGCAAAAUGAGAAUGAAACGUCAAACGCCGACGAAGAAGUGGUGAUCACAGAAACCAACAAUGAAGAAAGAAAAGGAGUGCCAGUUAAUACACUGAUUAAUGACGACGAAAUAAAUUCCGGGAAACCUCUAAUUAAUUUGCCAGACUUGGAAGUGCCAUUUUCAGAGAGAAGGUUAACACCAGAAACAAUUAAUUUGUUAAACAAACCAGUAGACAGGAAACUAACAAUUUCGGGAAUAGAAUUUCAAUUUUCCAAGCUUAUUGGAAUAAUAUUAAAGUCCAAAGGGCUUGACUAUUCUGAUGAUUUUCUCUCUCAAAUGAGCGAUUUGAGUAUAACUUAUUUCCAUGACAUUAUAGAAACAUUAAAGAAAUUCACAGAGAUACAGAGAAGAAAAAAGCCUUCCAUAAGCGACACAGAAUUAUGCUUUAGAAUGAAGGGUAUUAAGCCUGAUAAGUUGUACAAAGAAUACGAAGAGACAAACCAAAUCGCAAAGAAAUAUAAAUCAGAGAUUGGUCUUGUUAAUAAACAAACUACGGAAUUGAUAAAAGAAUUCAAAGAGGAGAAUAAAUUUGAUGAAAAUGACCCAUCUCUUCUUUUCUUUACGAAUGAGCACUACGAAAUCACUGAAUUAAUACCAAAGCAAUCUUCUAAGCCUAUCUAUAUUCCAUAUUAUUUGCCUGACCUUCCUCCGGACUAUACGUACCAAAAGACUCCGAAGUACAUGGACAUGAUCACGGAUUUAAAACAGUUACGAUUAAAGUUAGUUGAUGAGUCUAGGUUGACAGAAAAAUCUUUAUAUAACUUGAUUGACGAUGACGAAAAAAAAUGGAAAGAAAACUUCGAGAAACAGAUCCGUGACACAUUACUGGAAGUUGAUGAAGAUGUAGAUAGUGAAAACGAAAAUAGUGUAAUGAGUGAAACUGAUCAGAAAAACCAGACAGAUAUAGAAACUCCAAUUCCUGACAAUCACUUAGACGAAAAAGAAACCAAACCACAACCAGCAGAAUUGAAUACGACUGUCGAAAACCUAGCGGAAGCUGGUAAUGCAGAUGAAGCAUUACAGGAUAAAAAAGAAACUCAGCCUACACAUACUGAAGGUGAGCCACGAAAAUUACUCCCAGAUGUGAAGAGAUUUGACUUUGUUGCAUACGCUCAAAAGAGGAGUGAUUUACAACGUAAGAAAGAGAAUGAAAUAGAGCGUAAAAGAAAAUUACGAGAAUCAAACAUUUUCUUCGAGGCCGAGAAGUAUUACUCCCCCUACGCUACUUUACCUGUGACACAUGAGGUAGAUUUAUAUUUUGCUAACAUCGUGCAUGAUGAAUUUAUGUCUGUUAUCAGGUCAGUGAGGACAGCAGAGAAGAAAAAGAAAAGAAAAGUCGAAAAGAUUCUACGCGAAAAGGCCGAAAGAGAACAAGCUAAGGAGAAAGAAAGAGAAAAAAUGGGUUUGGGCUUCAGUUUUGGCCCGAUUAGUCAUAUGCUGGACGACGAUAAUGACGAUAGCGACAAGGAUGAAGAUAUGGGAUUCCCAACGUUCGACUUCGGUGACAACAAUGAAACACAAGACAACCAUCCAACCGAUAUGAAUCUAAAUAGUAAUUCCAUUCCUGAGAACAAUGAAACUGAACUAGGAUCGACUAUAAAUGCAGAUAUAAAUACUGCUGCUCAUGCUAAUUCGGACGAAGAAAUGGAUUCCGAUUCCUUCGAAGCUGAAUUAGAAGAUGCUGUUCAGGUCGAUUCUGCACCUAAAAAUUCGCUUCUUGAAAAUGAUAUAAAGACUUCUAAUGAAAUUCCGUCUGAGUCUAGCGAUGACGAAGUAGAACUUGAAGAUGUAUAA